GCUGAAUGGAAUAUCAUGUGUCGGGAAUGUUGUGAGUAUGAUCAGAUCAAGUGUGUCUGUCCUGGACGGAAAGAAGUUGUGGGUUACACCAUUCCCUGCUGCAGGAAUGAGGACAACGAAUGUGACUCCUGCCUCAUCCACCCAGGCUGCAUGAUUUUUGAAAACUGCAAGUCUUGCCGCAAUGGCUCCUGGGGGGGAACACUAGACAACUUCUACAUCAAGGGCACUUACUGUGCAGAAUGCAGGGCCGGCUGGUAUGGCGGGGACUGCAUGAGAUGUGGGCAGGUUCUUCAGGCAUCAAAGGGGCAGAUUUUGUUGGAGAGCUAUCCCCUGAAUGCUCACUGUGAAUGGACUAUACAUUCCAAGCCUGGCUAUGUUGUUGAGUUAAGAUUUGCCAUGCUGAGUCUGGAGUUUGACUAUAUGUGCCAGUAUGAUUAUGUGGAGAUCCGAGAUGGGGACAGUGUCGAUAACAGGAUAAUUAAGCGUUUCUGUGGGAAUGACAGGCCUCCUCCAAUCCGAAGCACAGGGCCCUCACUCCACAUACUUUUUCAUUCAGAUGGGUCAAAGAAUUUUGAUGGGUUUCAUGCCAUCUUUGAAGAAAUUACAGCUUGCUCUUCAUCUCCAUGUUUUCAUGACGGAACCUGUGUUCUAGAUAAAGUUGGUGGCUACAGGUGUGCUUGUCUGGCUGGUUAUACUGGGAACCGCUGUGAAAGCUUAAUAUAUGCAGGGAAGACAUAUGUAGCAAGUUCAAAUGCAAACCUUUCAGUUAUAGAAGACAGAAACUGCUCCUAUCCUGGUGCUCCACUCAAUGGGUAUACAAAAGUGGUGGAAGAUGGUUCUCUGAUGAACAGCCGUUAUGCAAAAAUUGGAACGAUCAUUGCAUUCUUUUGUAAUAAUUCCUAUAUUCUCAGUGGUAACGAGCAAAGGAUCUGUCAAGAGAACGGAGAAUGGUCAGGGAAACAACCAAUCUGCAUUAAAGCUUGCAGAGAGCCAAAGAUCUCUGACCUGGUGAGGCAGAAAGUACUCCCAAUGCAGGUUCAGUCAAGAGAGACUCCUUUGCAUCGGCUCUAUUCAUCUGCAUUUAGCAAGCAUAAACUGGAUAUAUAUCCAACCAAAAAGCCAUCACUGCCAUUUGGUGAGCUACCACCAGGCUUCCAGCAUCUUCACACACAGCUUCAGUAUGACUGCAUUUCCCCCUUCUACCGUCGCCUGGGAAGUAGCAGGAGAACCUGUCUUAAAACAGGAAAAUGGAGUGGGCGGGCGCCUUCAUGCAUUCCAAUUUGUGGGAAGUUAGAAAACACCACUCUUCAAAAGGCAUCCACUCUCAGAUGGCCAUGGCAAGCAGCCAUCUAUAGGAAAGCCAACGGGGUGAAGACCCCCAGUCACCAAAAGGGAGCAUGGAUACUGAUCUGCAGUGGCGCCUUGCUGAAUGAACGCACAGUAGUGGUGGCAUCUCACUGCGUUACCAAUUUGGGGAAGGUCACAGUUCUAAAAACAGCGGAUCUCAAAGUAGUCCUUGGCAAGUUUUACAGAGAUGAUGACAGAGAUGAAAAGACGAUACAGAACUUACGGAUUUCAGCCAUUAUAGUGCAUCCUAACUAUGACCCUAUAUUGCUCGAUUCUGACAUUGCUAUCAUAAAACUUCUGGACAAAGCCAAAAUCAGCAGCCGAGUCCAACCAAUAUGCCUGGCAUCAAUGCGUGAUAUUGACCCGCCUGCAGAUGACUUCCAAAUAGUGGUCACUGGUUGGAAGAUCCUGACAGAUAUUGCAGAUCCCAACUACAAGAAUGACACAAUCCGCAUGGGAACUGUUCAGACUGUGGACUCACUGGUUUGUGAGCAGCAGUAUGAGGAAAAUGGAAUCCAGGUCAGCGUCACCGAGAGUAUGUUUUGUGCCAAACAACAGCCAGCUGCCUUUUCUAAUAUCUGUCCUUCUGAGACAGGAGGGAUUGCAGCAAUACCUUUACCAGGAAAGUUAUCUCCAGAGUUGACUUGGCAUCUCAUGGGCCUGGUGAGCUGGGGCUAUGAUAAAACAUGCAGUCUAGAACUCUACACUGGCUACACCCGAGUAAUCCCUUUCAAAGACUGGAUUGAGAAGAACAUGAAAUGAAAAGCUGGGUACAAAAAUGGCUUUUAAAAAUAUUAAAUAUAUUCAUUUCUCUCACAGUCUCUGAUGCUCUAGGUUUCCUAUCCCACUGACUGAAUAUGUCUGGGAUGAGGCUAAAGCAGGUCCUGGAGUCUUAUUCAAUGAGAACAGCUCAUCUGUACCAGAGACUCUUGAGUGUGGCAGAUGGACUGACGUCUCAGCUAUCCCAUUCUCCUGGUGGGAAUACGGUGCUUGGAUGGUGGUCUGUAAUUCCAAAAACACAAUGAUCAGAAGUAGCUGUAUUCAGUUUGCAUGUAACCAUCACCUGGAUAAAACAAUUGGAACAAUUUUUUUAAAAAAUCAAAGUCUGAGAUAAUUAGGAGGCUGGAAAGAGAUA